AUGGAUCCCCUUCUCCACACCCCCCGCCUGCGCCUCUCGCUCCUAACCAGCGCGGAACAAGGCAGUGAGGAGCUGGGCUGGCUUCAUGAGUGGAGGAGCAAUGCAGCGAGUAUGGCGUGGAGCAUCCACCCACCAAGCAAAACACUCUCCGAGACACAGAAACUAAUCUCUGGCCUCCUCCCUUCCGCACCAGUUCGCACCAACGAGACCGUGGACGCGGGAGACAAGGCGAGGUUUAGAAUCGCGUACGCCGUACAUCGACUCCCGCUGGCCUCUCAACCCCACGACAAAGACGCCGCCGCCGACAACGACGACGACGACGACGACGGCAACAACAACAACAACAACAACAACAACGACGACGACGACGACAACAACGACAACAGCAGCAACAAUAAAGAGGAAAAACCCUCCUUCAUAGGUGUCAUCUCCCUCCUCCCCACAACAGACAACCACCUCGCCCUCCCCCCGCACCUCACCAUCCCCACAGCCCGGGAACCCAGCACCCUGGUCGUGGAACUAGCCUACGCCUUCCUGCCCGCCGCAUGGGGUCGCGGGUUCGCCACCGAGGCCAUCACCGCCGUGCUGGGCGCUGCUCGAAGCGAACAGGGCGAGGCGUUUUGGGCCGGCUGGGAGGGCGUGUGGAUGCGCGUUGUUGUCAACGAGAGGAAUCCGGCUAGUCGCGCGGUUAUGCGCAGGUGUGGGGUGCAGGAGAGGGGUGUGUUUGAGUGGAAGGGGGAGGCGGUUUUUAUUGGGGGGAGCUGGAGGACGGAGGAUCGGUUGGUGGUCCUUGGGGGGUGGUUGAGAGGGGGGGAGUGA